CUUAGGAGCGUACAGUUUGAAACUCUACUUUACCUUUUCGUGCUCUGUUUUUGGAGCUUUUCGUUACAUAAAUGCGCCUCAGAUAUGGAUUCUGUUAAUGCACAUUCAUUACAAGAUAUGCAAAGUUGCAAUAUAUCCAACGAUCAAAGUGUGCCUAUGAGCCAAGGUACAGAUUCAGAUGGUGUCUCCACCCAAAUGGUAGAUAAAUGUCAACGAGUCAAAAUGUGGCAACAAACAAACUAUCUUUCUGAUUCUGGUAUUCAAAGUGCUGUCGGGACACACACACCAAGCAUCAGCAGUAAAAUGGGCAUCGACGAUACUGAGGUAGAUGAUCGUUAUUUCAGUCAAAAGUGUGGUCAUUUACCUCAAUGGUCAUCUACAUUUCCUCUCUCUGUCAACCCAUCGGACUCUUGCUUACUUUCUCCAGCUACCCCUAGCACCAGCAGUAUUUUGGGUGUCGACUCCUUGAGUGAUGUUGGUGGCUCACACUCAGCUAGUAAUGUUGAUUUAAGGGGAAACAAAUUGCCUGAGAUUGAUACUGAUGAAGCUGCUGGAGCCAUCCCAGAACUUGUUAAACUCAUUAAAGACGAAGAUGACCAGGUCAUUAUUUAUCAGUCAUCAAUGAUGGUUUUCCAACUAAGCAAAUCAGAGGCCAUCGAUGCUCUUAUAAAAUCUAGAGACAUGAUCGACUGCAUUAUAUCUGCACUAGAUCGAACAGAAGAUCCAGAAACAGUGCGUUUUCUUGCUGGCACAUUAUACAAUAUUUCUCAAAUGCAACCAGGUCUCAAGGCAAUAUUUGCUGCUCAAUGUAUCCCAUGUCUUGUGAAACUUCUCAAUUCUCCAGUAGAAUCAGUUUUGUUUUAUGCAAUAACAACAUUGCACAACCUUCUUCUUCACCAAGAAGGGGCCAAGGCUGUUGUAAGACAGAGCGGAUGUUUGCAAAAAAUGACUGCCUUACUGCGAAAGAAUAACAUAAAAUUCCUUACAAUCUGCACGGACUGUUUACAAAUAUUGGCUUACGGUCAUCAAGAAAGUAAGCUACAAAUACUAUGCAGCGGGGGACCUGUAGAGCUGGUUCGCAUACUGAAGACUUACCAGUAUGAAAAGUUAUUGUGGACUACGGCCCGAGUACUUAAAGUCCUAAGUGUGUGUGCUUCUAACAAGCCGGCCAUAAUUGUUGCUGGAGGAAUGGAUGCCUUAGCAAAGCACUUGCACAGUUCUAGUCAUCGAUUAGUAUUGAAUUGUCUCUGGGCACUUCGUAAUUUAUCUGAUGCAGCAACAAAAAUGGAUAAUCUUCAGCCCCUGUUGCAUUCAUUGGUACGUCUACUUGAUUGUGGGGACAGUGGUAUGAUUACAUGUGCAGCUGGAAUUCUAUCAAACCUCACAUGUAAUAACCAUGCAAAUAAAUUUGCUGUUUUCAAGAUGGGUGGUGUAGAAGGGCUUUUACGUGCUGUCAGUCAACCUGUUGUUAAAGAAGAUAUUCUGGAGCCAUGCAUGUGCGCUCUGAGGCACUUGACAAGUCGUCAUGAAGAGGAAGAGACAGCAAGACAUGCUAUAGUCCAUGAACUAAAUGGUUUACCAGUGAUCGCUCGAAUUUUACAUGCAGCCACUGCUGGUAUUUGUCCUGAUCUCGGUCUGGUAUGUCAACAUCCUCAAAAUCCGGUGGUUUCUUGGAUGCUUGUGAAGGCUAUGGUUGGCUUGUUGAGAAAUUUGUCUGUCAAUUUGGACAGUCAUUUCGGAAUGCGAGAGUGUGGACUUGUUACCGGGUUGUUUUUACUACUUUAUGCUACUCAACACGAGAUAGGGAGGCGUUCUGUUUCUGGCGCUCCUGCUUCCCAUCCAACAUUUUCGACGGUAGUUCAAAGCGUAAGACUCGAAGAGAUCGUGGAAGGAAUUUGCGGGGCACUUCAUAUGUUGGCAAAGGAUCAUGCUACUCGUUCAUAUUUGGCCUUACUAAAGGCUCCGGCUUUGAGUAUAACUCCCAAUAUUCAACCUGGUUCCUCUGGCCUCGCAAUAUUCGUCGAACUUCUUCAUUCGCCUCACGAAUCUAUCCAACGUGCUGCAGCUGGCGUUCUCGCUGAGGUUUCACAGGAUCGUGAUGGUCUUGAGGCUCUAGCCACUUUACCUGGUGCAGGCUCUAGAUUUGAUGAGUUGGUUCGGUCUAGAAAUGAAGCCAUCUCAACGUAUGCCUCCGCAGUAGUUAUUCGGCUUGCUGAGGAACGCAGAGGCGUUGGCGGUAAUUCUUAUAUCUUUCCAUCUCAUAUAGAAUCAUUGAAUACACCACCUUUACCUAUGGAUACUGGGGAAGUUUAUCAUGUACCUUCUGUUCAACCUGUCCAACAUUCAACUGGUGGUUCACAUCCUGGCGUGCCUUCGUUCCCUCCUCAUGGGAAUUGGAGCCAUCCUCCUUUGCAAACUCAUUCCCAAGAACAGGGAAACACGUAUGGAGGUUCUUCAAACUCUUUGAUGGCAAUGCUUGGGCCACUUCCGCCUGGUUGUAAGAAUUCCGUGUGCGGUGAUUGUUGCUCAUAUUGGAAUGAUUGUGGUCCUGCUGGAACAUGCUCGGAUCCGAAUUGCAUUUAUAAUACAAACAAUAGUAAUAAUAACACCAAUAUUAACAAUAGUCAAUCUUCUGGAACGUAUUCAGAGUUACAGCCAGUAAAGGUGUAUCAUAAUGUCCGUCCACCAAGUCGUACAGGAUUCAUGAGCUGUGGUACCUCCGCCUAUACUGCAGGAUCAACAUUUUUACCCCCGUCUGUUCAGAAUUUUGACAAUAAUACUUCAGUGCAAGGACAUAAUUCUAUUUACCAGGGAGGAAUGAGUGUCACGCCACGUCGGUCGUGUACUGGAAGUGUAAAUACAAGUGGAUAUUUAAGUCCUGGCAGUGAAAUGUUUGUGAAUCCUUCACCAUCGGAAUACAAGCCGUCAGUUCAUCCAGAUGGACAAGCGGUAGUAUUACGAUCAUCUCGUUUAGAGCAAUCUCAUAGUACUACAAAUUCUUCGCCUGCAAUGCCUUCACAAAAUGUCAGUACUGGUUAUCUCAGUCCAGAUAUGAUGGUGCUAGAGGAAAACGAUUCUGAUUGGUUAGGUGGUCCUGCUGUUAUGUGAUCGUUUCUUUUUUUUGUCUGUUUUUAUUUCAGUGAAGUAACUUCACACAAAUCUUUUCACCCCCCGCCCCCGCCCCUAGUCGUUUUUUUCGUUCUAGCACAUUCUAGUGCCUAUAAACACAUUAAUUUCGCGAAAGGCAUCUCAAUAUAUAUUGAGAUAAAAUUUGAUAUUCGACUCUUUCCCCCUUCCCCACCCCGCAAAUGCCAAUCAAUGGCUACUGGUUAUCCACAAGUGCACUAAUUUCAGCCUUUCAAUGCAAUAACUUUUUGUUUGUUUUCAGUGUACUUGUCUUCUACGUGUGUGUGUGUGUGCGCGUGUGUGGGUUUCUUUUUUUAUGCCUUUCGACUUUCGAUGAGCUUUUCGAUUGUGGGCAAUAUUUUGUUUUCUGUUUGCUGCAUGGAUUCGGACUUUAGUCACUUUUAUUCACAGCCGUGUUUCAUAUGGAUGUGAGGAUGAUGAUGACGUUUGUUGUGCUCGUUCGUCUUGUGUACUAGCUCCUCUCUAUGUCUCUCUCUGUCCAUCAUGAAUGUUGCCACCAUCAGUUCACAUCGUUGGAUAUUUAUUGAUUGAUUGAUUCAAUCUUGGAACAUUGUGAACACUGGGAAACAAUCGGAUAUUGCAAUGCUUGUUCAGGUAUAUAUAUACAUUCUUUCUUUCUGUUGCCUUUUUAAUACUUCACCAUGAGAAUAUUAUGAUACGCCGUCGUCGUUGCUUGCUUGCUUGCUUGCUUGCUCGCUUGCUUAACUCGUAUUGUUUGUUCUCCAUCCUUUAUCCCUUUUUAUCGCAUUGUAAUUACAAUUUAAUUCGUUGUAUGCGCGUGAAAAGGCAGUUUCAGGUCAGUCAGUGCUUUUAUUUAUAUACUAAUGAUGGGUGCCUAUAGUAUCAUUAUGCAAUACAUAUAUUAUUAUUACUAUUAUUAUUAUUAUUAUUAUUAU